AUGGCGUUGAACUAUUCACAACGGCCAAUAUUUGCGGCACAUAUUUCAGAAGAUAAUUUGGUAUCGCCCUUGAGGAUUUUGAAUGGGUAUCUUGCGGACGAUAUUCCUGAGAAGAAUGGGGAAGGUUACUCAAGGGCAUGCUGUAAGUGCCAAGGAGAAGCUGAGGAGUGGAACUUCAACUGUGGCAGGGAUAGAGUUGAUCUAUGCAGCUCAACAGAGUCGACGGCCAAGGACAUUGUUGACCUUUUGCCGUCUGACCCAUUUGGGAUGGAUAUAGAAACUACCGUCACGGCGAUCACGGGAUGGCUCGAGGACUUGGAGUUUGAUUAUCAAGGAUACAUGAGGAACAACAAUCAUGAAGAUUAUGGCUUGUUCGCUGGAUGGAAUUUGAUUUGGAAUAAUGCUAUGAAGUUCCAACCUCUUUCAAACAAUGCUCAAUCUGAUGAGAAACUGAAUGUUGGUACCCAACAUUUUCCUAGCGAUCUUCAGGUUUAUGAGAAACCAGAUGAGAGUAUCCAUUCUUUUACUAGCGGUAUUCAAUUUGACGAGAAAUUGAAUGUCUGCUAUCCGGCUAAUCUAUAUAGGGAGGAGAGAGGAAUGUGUGGUUCUUUUACCCAAUAUGAGCUUGAGUUUCUAUCGGCCCAGAAUAUGAGGGACAUUGUGGGCCACGGCAAUGAGGGUGCUAGUAGCAGUUCUGAACUUCAGUUUGGAGGGGAAGUUGAGGGCGCAGUGGCAAAUCUAUAUAGGGAGGGGAGAGCAAUGGGGGGUGCCUUAGCCCAAUAUGAGCUUGGGUUUCUACUGGCCCACAAUAUGAGGGACAUUGUUGGCGUUGGCGAUGAGGUCGCUAGUAGCAGUUCUGAACUUGAGUUAGGAGGGGAAGUUGAAGGUGCAGUGAAUUGUGUCAAGGAUGAAGGAGCACCCCAUGAAGCUUUGGCCUUUGCUCUUAGUUAUCUGGGAGUGAAAGACCUUCUAUCUGUGCAAAGGGUAUGCAGGUCCUUCUGUUCCACAGUUCGAGGUGAUCCCCUGUUGUGGAUGAGUAUCCACAUUGAUCGACCACUUAAUGAGAGGGUCACGGAUGAUGUGCUCGUGCAAUUGGCUAGUAGGGCUCAAGGAAAUCUGCAAUGCCUGAGCUUGGUGCAGUGCCCGAGGAUCACUGAUGAUGGUUUGAGGCGUGUACUUGCAGCCAAUCCGCGAUUGACUAAGCUGUCUGUUCCUGGUUGUACACGGCUCACUAUUGAAGGUAUCCUGAAUAAUCUGAAGGAAUAUAACUCUAAUACAGCUGUCCCAGGUAUAAAGCACCUGAGAAUUGGUGGGAUAUAUGGCAUGACAUAUGAACAUUUUGAAGAGUUGAAGUUGCUACUUGGUUAUGAUACCGACAAGCUCGAAAAUAAACACAGGCCACAUUUCUAUGGUCGAGGAAGAUUUUAUCUUCCUUCUGAUGAUGACCGUGCAAUUGAUAUUGAAACAUGCCCAAGAUGUGAGAAACUGAGGUUGGUUUAUGAUUGUCCAGCCGCAGGUUGUCAGAUUAAAGAUCCAGCUACUAAAGCCUGCAGGGCAUGCACACUCUGUAUAGUGAGGUGUGCUCAGUGCGGCAGGUGUAUUAAUGACACAGAAUACGAAGAAACAUUCUGUCUGGAAUUGCUUUGCUCGGAUUGUUUUAAGCAGUUGAAUAAGUAUCAAGAUCGGCUGGACGAGGAGGUUGAUACCCCCGGGGAUGGAGCUCUACACAAGCCCAACUUCUGUCUUUAUGGAUAG